AGAUAAAUCGAUACCAUAUCAAAAUCACACAAAAUAAUAUAGAAGAUGUCCGAACAACAACAAAAGCAAAUUGUCACUCCAUCUCAAAACUUAUUGAAUGAAAAGUGGGAUGUUGUCUUAUCUAACGCUUUGAUCAAGACUGGAUUAGGUUUUGGUGGAGGUGUAUUGGCAUCUAUCUUGUUAUUCAAGAGAAGAUCUUUCCCAGUAUGGUUAGGUAUCGGAUUUGGAUUGGGUAGAGGAUACUCCGAAGGUGAUGCUAUCUUCAGAUCUGCUCAUGGUUUGAGAACUGUCAAGGCUUAAUUGGGGGAUAGUAAAUAUAAACAUACUCUCGUUGUUUGGAGAGAGAAAAGGGGUGAAUAAUGGCAAGUUUACUUGUGGAUUUGCUGUUUUAAUGUCUGAUGUAUUUGAUAGAAAGAAGUCACUCCCGUACAUAUAUUAAUUUAUUAGACGUGUCUUUGUUAUGAAUUCUCCACCAAAGGGUGAUACCAUUUUAUUUGUAGGAAUAUUACCCAUUACCCAUCUCACAUCCGCAUUGGUUGUUACUUUUCACACACAUAUCAGCACCAUUAAUUUGAACACUGGCAUUGUCUUUAUAUAUUAAAAAUUCAUUUCUAUUCACUUUUACUUAUAUACAAAUAAAAUUUUAGUAUCAAUUAUAUUUCCAACAUGGGCUCUUAUUAAGCGAAUGCUAGUUAUAUCAGUAUGUCUAGUGGCAUUGGAAGUUUUCUGAAAACACUUGCUGUCUUCUGUUGUCUGGUCAAACUAAAGUUCCUUCAUAUAUUUUUUUCUUGCAACCACAAUUCAACCUCUUUCUAAUUAUUCCUUACAGCCAUGAUUGAACAACUGGAAGAGGCGAUCUACCAUAUCUUUGAUGACAAUAUUGACAUAUAUGAGUUCAUGGGAAUAACUCGUACUGCAACCUCGGCAGAAAUACGAAAAGCUUAUCGUCAACAUGCAUUACUUUACCAUCCAGAUAAACAACGAGGUGAUGAAACCAAAUUCACAAUCUUAUUAAAAUGCUAUGAAAUCUUAACUAAUGAGACCUUGCGGAAGAAAUAUGAUCAGUUGAGUGCCGCUAAACAACAGCGAGAGAUUGAUCGUGAAAAGUUGGCUGAUUUGACUAGACAAUUUCAAGAUGAGCUAUUGGCAAGUGAGGAAAAAGUACGUACCAAUAAGAAAAGAAAAUGGGGACAUAGUAUUGAACAAUUGAAAGAAGAUGGAUUGAUGAGAAGGCGGCUUAUGG